UCUGUAGUCUGAAAGUUGCAAGUCUCCGGCCAACACAGAGUAGAAGAAGAAGAAGAACAAGAUGGCGGAACGAGGCUACAGUUUCUCCCUCACCACAUUUAGCCCUUCGGGGAAACUGGUCCAGAUUGAAUAUGCCCUGGCAGCUGUAGCAGCCGGAGCUCCCUCAGUUGGCAUCAAAGCUUCCAAUGGAGUGGUCCUGGCAACAGAGAAGAAACAGAAGUCCAUUCUGUAUGAUGAGCAGAGUGUCCAUAAAGUGGAGCCUAUCACUAAACACAUAGGCAUGGUCUACAGCGGCAUGGGGCCUGACUACAGGGUUUUAGUGCGACGAGCCCGGAAGCUGGCACAACAGUACUUCCUGGUUUACCAGGAGCCAAUUCCCACAGGUCAGCUUGUCCAGAGAGUGGCCUCUGUGAUGCAGGAGUACACACAGUCUGGUGGUGUGCGUCCAUUUGGCGUAUCGUUGCUGAUAGCUGGAUGGGAUGAAGACCACCCCUACCUGUUCCAGUCAGACCCCUCCGGUGCAUAUUUUGCAUGGAAAGCCACAGCCAUGGGAAAAAAUUAUGUCAAUGGAAAAACAUUCCUUGAGAAAAGGUAUAACAAUGAUCUGGAAUUGGAAGAUGCCAUCCACACAGCCAUCUUGACGUUGAAGGAGAGUUUUGAGGGUCAGAUGACAGAGGAGAACAUUGAGGUGGGGAUCUGCAAUGAGGCCGGCUUCAAAAGACUCACCCCAGCAGAGGUGAAAGACUACCUGGCUGCCAUUGCGUGAACACGCCCUGCCUGGUGAUGGGGCUCUCUGGCCACAUUUCAAGACAAAGACACAGCAGCAUAGUAGCCAACUGUCUCAUGACACAUUUUUGUAAACCACAGUUAUUCAUGUUUUCUGCACUGAAGACAUAUAGAUAGUGAAUAACCUUCACUAUAUUCAAGAUUAUUAAUAUGAGAUAAUGGAAUCAGACAGCCUGUUUGGGAUUAUGCCCAGACCUAAUUAAAGAGACAGGUUUUGUGUGUGUGUGUACAGCUAAUGUGGCUGCCACUCACAACUGCAUUCACAAAACUCCAUCAGUGGGCAAUCAAUGCCAUCACAUAAACUAAUUGGCUUUGUUGUCAAACAUAUGUCCUUCUUUUACUGUGAAAUGUGACAGCUGGCUACUUUGCAUAUGAAAAGGAAUGUGGGCUCGGAUGAGUGAAGUCUCAAGUCUUCCAUUGAAUCCUUCAGUUUUCCUCUUUCUCAAUACUGUUGCAAUGGCAAUGCUAUUGAUUUACAAAUCAAGUACUGUUGCAUUAAGUAUUUAUUCAAAAUUUGAAUGCUUGUCACCAUUGCAAAUUGUGACAAAUGACCUCUGGUGGCACAUAAAACCCCACAAACUAUUAAAUGGUAAGGAUGCUAGCACCUGUUAGAGGUCAUUUGACAAAUUCAUACCGAAAAUUGAGGUCUCCCUCAAAUCUCCCAACUGCACCUCAUCAGCGUCCCUCAGACACACUGAGAAGGAGAAUAAACGAAGGAGAGCAAGAAGGGAGGAUACAAUGGAGUCUUUUGAGAAUUUACAGUCAGGGUCUGGCUGCCUGUACAGCAGUUUUACACAAUGUAGUUUUUUUUCAGGCUAGAAACAAUUCUAGAGUUUGUAUUUUCUCUUCCGUAAUCUGUCUCAUUCAAAUAAAAGACAAUGGGUUGA